AUGGAGUACAAAACUUACAAAAUCCAAAAAGGAGGACCAGGGACGUUUUACCCUUUUGCCUUCACUGACAUCAUGGGCCUUGAUAAGGAUACCAAUACAGGAGCGAAAGUGGGAGACAUCAAACUGGCCAUGAAGGGACACAUUAAAGAUGGAUACACUUUCAAUCCUAUUGCUAAAAUUUCAGAGGAUGAUAAUUACUACAACAAAGAUCCCACUCUGAAGGACCAAGUUCAUGUUCUGGUUUGUGUCGUCUCUGCUGACACAUCAAGCAUCCUGAGUGAUGAACAUGUGAAAAAGAUGAGGGAUGUCAGACUGGCAGCCAGAGACAUGGGUAUUCCCCAAGUGGCUAUUCUCACCAAGAUUGAUGAAGCCUGUCCAGAGGUCAAAAAAGACAUAAAGAACGUGUAUAAGAGCAAGCACCUGAAGAAUAAGAUGGAGAAAAUAAAGGCGUCGCUGGGUAUUCCAGAGUCCUACAUCUUUCCUGUGAAGAACUACCACUCAGAGAUCGACACAGACGAUGACACUGAUACACUGAUACUGAGCGCACUGAGGCGCAUCAUUAACUUUGGAGAAGACUUUGUCAACAGCCUGUAGACCUCCAUA